GGUGACCCUAAGAAUGACUCAUGGAUCUUUGCCCUGGCUGUGCUUCUGAGCAGCACCUUUGUCUACAACAGCUUGGGCACCAUCAACCACCAGGCCCUGGAGCAGCUGCAUUAUGUGACAGAGCUCACAAAACUAAUCAGGGCAAAGUCCUCCCCAGAAGAGGAUGGAACAGAAGAUUCCACAGAGUUUGUGAGUUUCUUUCCAGACUUUACCUGGGCUGUAAGGGAUUUCACCCUGGAGCUGAAGCUAAAUGGUCAUCCUAUCACAGAAGAUGAGUACCUGGAGAAUGCCUUGAAGCUGAUUGCAGGCAACAAUCCCAGAAUCCAAGCAUCCAAUCUACCCAGAGAGUGCAUCAGGCAUUUCUUUCCAAAACGGAAGUGUUUUGUCUUUGACCGGCCAAUAAACGACACAAAACUUUUAGCCAAUAUUGAGAAUAUACCUGAAUAUCAACUGGAUCCUCAAUUCCAGACACAAGCAAACAAUUUUUGUUCUUACAUCUUCACCCAGGGAAGGACCAAGACUCUCAGAGAGGGAGUCACAGUGACUGGGAAUCGGCUGAGGACUCUGGUGGUGACCUAUGUGGAUACCAUCAAUACUGGUUCAGUGCCUUGUUUGGAGAAUGCAGUGACAACUCUAGCCGAGCUUGAGAACUCAGUGGCAGUGCAGAAGGCCUCUGACCACUACAGUGAGCAGAUGGCCCAGCGAGUGAAGCUCCCCACAGACACACUCCAGGAGCUGCUGGAUGUGCAUGCAGACUGUGAGAGGGAAGCCAUUGCAGUGUUCAUGGAGCACUCCUUCAAGGAUGAAAAGCGGGAGUUCCAGAAAAAGCUGGUGUAACUCAUAAAGGAUAAGAAGGAGCAUUUCUUGCAGCAGAAUGAAGAGGCAUCCAUUGAAUACUGCCAGUCUAGGCUUGAUCAGCUUUCACAGGUCCUAAUGGAAAGUAUUUCAGCAGGAACUUUCUCUGUUCCUGGAGGAUACAAGCUCUACAGGGAAGCAAAGGAAAGUAUUGAGUGGAACUAUUCACAAGUGCCCCGGAAAGGAGUGAAGGCAAAUGAGGUCCUCCAGAGCUUUCUGCAGUCGCAGGCUUCAAUAGAGAAAUCCAUCUGGCAGGCAGAUAAAGCCCUCACUGACAGGGAGAAGGCCAUAGCAGCGGAGCGAGUCAGCAAGGAGUCAGCUGAGAGGGAACAGGAGCUGCUAAGACAGAAACUACUGGAGCAGCAACAGCAGAUGGAGGCUCAAGAAAGGACUCUCCAGGAAAACAUAGUCCAACUGAAAGAGAAGAUGGAGAAGGAGAGAGAAAACAUACUAAAAGAACAGAAUAUGAUGUUGGAGCAUAAGCUGAAG